UCGCGCAGCCGCUCGUCGCGCGCGGCUUCAUCAUUUUUUGUCAUUUUUCAUUGGUCACGCGACACUAAUGUUAAUGUGUGCCAAUGUGUGCGGAGUGACGAACAAGGUGAUAAGAUACCGGCAUCGUUAACAAACAAUUUCAGUUGACGACAGAUUUGCGUUAAAAAAGAUUGAGUUUCUAUUGACGACACUAGAAUUCUUCUAAGAACAUUUCUCUUGAUUAAAUCAGCAAGGUCGUUGAAUCGCAUCGAAAUAUUUCGCUGUAGAGGAAGUAGCUAGUGAAGAGAAAAGCUUAUUUAUUGCAAAAAGCGUGAAAUUUGUGUCAAACAUUACUGUGAACCAUGACUUCGCAAGGAUUCUCCACCAAAGCUAUUCACGUAGGACAAGAACCGCAGCAAUGGACUUCCCGUUCGGUUGUGCCGCCCAUAACAUUGUCUACUACUUUUCAACAGGACGGUCCAGGACAGCACAGAGGCUUUGACUAUUCUAGAAGCGGCAAUCCUACACGCAACGUGUUGGAGCAAUGCCUAGCAGCUCUAGAAGAGGGCAAACACGCGCUCACCUUUUCUUCCGGUUUGGGAGCAACCACUGCGACCACAAGUUUAUUAAAAACCGGUGAUCAUCUCAUUGCGAGUGAUGAUCUUUAUGGCGGAACCAAUCGUUAUUUUCAAAAGUGUUUGAUCAAUCAAGGGAUAACAUUCACCUUCGUGGACAUGACCAAUGUGCAAAAUGUUGCAGACGCUUUACAAUCAAAUACCAAGAUGGUAUGGCUGGAAACUCCGACAAAUCCAUUAUUGAAAAUUGUGGACAUUAAGGCUGUCGUCCAUCUCUUGAAAUCUCGCCGUCCGGAUAUUAUAAUAGUCGUCGACAAUACUUUUUUGACUUGUUACUUUCAAAAACCGCUCGAAUUCGGAGUUGAUUUAGUGUUGUAUUCGAUAACGAAAUAUAUAAACGGCCAUUCGGACGUGGUCAUGGGUGCUGUGAUCACGCGCCGAGACGAUCUCAGCGAAAGAUUGCGAUUCCUUCAGAACGCUAUGGGCAUCGUUCCAUCGCCUUUUGACUGCGCUAUGGUCAAUCGGAGCUUGAAGACGCUCGAGCUCAGAAUGCAGCGGCACAUGAAGAACUCUCUGGCCGUAGCGAAGUUUCUCGAGUCGCAUCCUCACGUCGAGCGAGUGAUACACCCGUAUCUCCCGUCGCAUCCGCAGCACGAACUUGCGUUGAAGCAAACAACGGGACACAGCGGAAUGAUCUCUUUUUAUCUGAAAGGCUGCUCUAGCAAAUUUCUGAAAGCACUGAAAAUCUUCACUUUAGCUGAGUCACUGGGUGGUUACGAAUCGUUGGCCGAAUUACCAUGCGUCAUGACGCACGCGUCUGUGCCGGAGACCAUGCGGGCAGACUUAGGUAUAACCGAUCAACUAAUCAGAUUAUCCGUCGGCCUCGAAGCGGAACAAGAUCUUAUAGCAGAUCUUGGACAAGCGCUGAUUGCUUGUCAAUAAUGUAACGAAUUUAAUUAGGGAAACAAUAAUAGUAUGAAUAAUAUAAUACAUAUAUAUACAUAUAUAUACUCAUUUUAUAUAACAGUUAUCCGACUAUAUCAAAAACUUUCACGUUACGGAGAGUACACGUUUAAAUAUUUCUAUAUACUUAUAAAUUUAUAUAUAUUUAAUAGGUAUCAUAUGUAUA